AUGUGGCUCUCCCUUAUCCCCUCAAUCAUAACUCCGGAUUAUACCUGGCCAGCACCUGCUGUUACUACAGUCCAAAGAGUAACCCCACCAGUGCCCGCCGUACCGGGCGCCAAUAGCAGAUGGCUUUGGGGUAAAGCACAUGGUUUGCUCUACCACUUCUCACGGUGCUACUGCUACCUGUUGGAAUUAUAUUUUGACCCGCACAUUAUCCAGCUGCCGUUUGGACUCGUUCUAAAAUGGACCGAUCGGACGAGCGUGGAGGAGGUCAUUGCAAUGCAAAUGGCUCGAGCAGCUGGUAUUCCAGUCCCAAGAGUCCUCAGCUGCGGAGAGCACGUUACUCCUCACUUGACCCGAGAGGUCUCGAUACUCAUGACGAGACUGCCAGGCUUCAGUCUUAUGAACUCCGAUGAUCCCUUGGAGGUUGCUGACGAGGGUCCGUGGCUUGAAGAACUGAAGACUUGCGUCCACGCUAUGCGCGAGUGGGAACCACCAAGUCAGGAUAUUAUCUGCUGGCCUAUCGGAACGGCCCUCCGCAGCUCGCGCGUCCCUGACCACAUCAUGGGUCCUUUCAAAGACCACAAAUCAUUCUACCAGCACCUUUUUGCACCAGCAUCUCAGCAUGGUUUCAUAUCUGUUGAUGAUUACAAUAAUACAUUCGCGACUGCGAAGAAGUUACAACAGCGCCCUUAUAAAGUCAAGUUCACUCACGGAGACCUCAAAGCUCAUAACAUUCUAAUCAAUGAAGAUGGGCACUUGGCUGGCUUUCUCGACCGGGAAUCCGGAGCAAUGCGCUUCGGGAAAGACAGCUGGUGGUAUCAGGUUGCUAUGUGGAUGGGUGGUGAUGAGUAUCGAGAAGAGCUAGAAUCAGACAGAGCGUUGAACCGUUUGACGGUGGACUCUUACAUAGCUUUUUGA